CCCGCCCACAUCCCCAGGCCCAGGCUGUCCAUCCGGGACUUCUGCGCAGACCCGACAUGGCGAACCAGGUUAUCAAGUGCAAGGCUGCAGUUGCCUGGGAAGCUGGAAAGCCUCUCUCCAUAGAGGAGAUAGAGGUAGCUCCACCAAAGGCUCAUGAAGUACGAAUUAAGAUCAUUGCCACUGCUGUCUGCCACACUGAUGCCUAUACCCUGAGUGGAGCCGAUCCUGAGGGUUGUUUUCCAGUGAUCUUGGGACAUGAAGGUGCUGGAAUUGUGGAAAGUGUUGGUGAAGGAGUAACUAAGCUAAAGGCAGGUGAUACGGUCAUCCCACUUUACAUCCCACAGUGUGGAGAAUGCAAAUUCUGUCUCAAUCCUAAAACAAACCUGUGCCAGAAGAUAAGAGUCACUCAAGGAAAAGGAUUGAUGCCAGAUGGCACUAGCAGAUUUACUUGCAAAGGAAAAACAAUUUUACACUACAUGGGAACCAGCACGUUUUCUGAGUACACAGUCGUCGCUGACAUCUCUGUUACUAAAAUUGAUCCCACAGCUCCGCUGGACAAAGUCUGCCUUCUAGGUUGUGGCAUUUCCACAGGUUAUGGUGCUGCUGUGAACACUGCCAAAGUGGAGCCUGGCUCUACUUGUGCUGUCUUUGGUCUCGGAGGAGUGGGACUGGCUGUUAUCAUGGGCUGUAAAGUGGCUGGUGCAUCCCGGAUCAUUGGUGUGGACAUCAAUAAAGAUAAAUUUGCAAGGGCCAAAGAAUUUGGAGCCUCUGAAUGCAUUAAUCCCCAAGACUUCAGUAAACCCAUCCAAGAAGUUCUCGUUGAAAUGACUGAUGGAGGAGUGGACUACUCCUUUGAGUGUAUCGGUAAUGUGAAGGUCAUGAGGGCUGCACUUGAGGCGUGCCACAAAGGCUGGGGGGUCAGCGUGGUGGUUGGAGUUGCUGCUUCAGGCGAAGAAAUUUCUACUCGUCCCUUCCAGCUGGUGACAGGCCGCACGUGGAAAGGCACGGCCUUCGGAGGAUGGAAGAGUGUAGAAAGUGUUCCAAAGUUGGUGUCUGAAUACAUGUCUAAAAAGAUAAAAGUUGAUGAGUUUGUGACUGGAAAUCUGCCCUUCAACCAAAUUAAUGAAGCCUUUGAACUGAUGCAUUCAGGGAAGAGCAUUCGAACUGUCGUAAAGAUUUAGGUCCAAGAGAAAUUGUCCAUCGUGUUCCUAUCCUGUAACGUGAUGGGAGACCUUUCAAGUUCUUGGCUUCAUCAACAUAGAGCAAUUCUAUAAGAAGCAGCGAUGUUCCCGUAUGUGGAAGUAACUUGAAAGUCUCUAAUCAAGGGCAAAGCUAGUAACAGUCACAAAUCUAUUUUCCAGAUGCUUCACAUAAAUCACUGCUAGCUUAAGGAAUAUUUUUAAAACAAUAAAAAUGAUUUCUACAUUUC